AAAACAGACGAUGCAAUUAUCGACAUCAAAAAGAGUGUGUUAUGCGACUAUUCCGGUGGUCCUAAAGCACUGGGUAUGGAGUCGGGGGUCAUUCCUGAUGAGGACAUCACCGCCUCGUCAUCCUAUAGUCAACACAGUGUCGGACCUCAAAACGCACGCCUAAACCGGGAGCUAUCGGGUGGCGCGUGGUGUCCAUUGAAGCAAUUGAAUGAUCGCGAGUCGGGCACCGAAUGGAUUCAAGUGAAUCUUCGGGACCAGUAUGUGGUCACCGGAAUCGCAAUUCAGGGCCGGUUUGGCAAUGGAGUGGGCGUUGAAUACGUGGAGGGCUUUUGGAUUGAAUAUUCGCGCGAUAACGGAAGCACUUGGCAUAAGUGGACCGAUCAGAAUGGCGAUCAUAAAUUUCACGGAAAUACUGACACAUAUACUGUCUUAAAUCAUGAGUUAUCGCAUCCAUUGGUUGGCAUUAAUCUGAUACGAGUCGUGCCCUUUGCCAGCCAUCAGAGGACUACUUGUCUUCGGCUGGAAUUGUUUGGUUGCAAACAACGAGAUAUUCCGGUUGUGUAUUCAAUGCCAGACGGCUAUAAAAGCGGUCGAUUCGGCGAUUUGGUUGACAUGACAUAUGAUGGUCGGGAGGACUCACACGGAUAUUUAUCCGGAGGUAUCGGACAACUGGUCGAUGGUAUCAGAGGUGACGACAACUAUAAAGUUAAUAAGGGAUACGAAUGGAUCGGAUGGAAGUCUGACGGCGAGCCCAAUAUUCUAGGUAUCGGACAACUGGUCGAUGGUAUCAGAGGUGACGACAACUAUAAAGUUAAUAAGGGAUACGAAUGGAUCGGAUGGAAGUCUGACGGCGAGCCCAACAGUUCCAUACAAAUCAUAUUUCAGUUCCUGAAGACUGAAAACUUUACGUCCGCUGUCUUUCAUUGCCAUAAUAUUUACUCGCAAGACAUGGAAGUGUUCUCUUCGGCUAAAGUGUGGUUUAGUUUUGACGGCAAAGUUUGGUCCAAAAGACCGGUCGAGUUCUCAUAUAUGGCCGACAAUGUGAUCGAUAGGGCCCGGGAUGUGGUCAUCCAUUUACACCAUCGCAUCGCAAAGUUUGUCAAAUUUGAUCUAAAGUUUGCGAAGAAAUGGAUUCUCAUUAGCGAAGUAUCGUUUAAAUUGACGGCCAUUGAAGACAAUUACACCCAAUCGGACGCCCACUUGGAGGCCGUCCACCACUUGACACCCAUCACAACCGCCGCCAUAAACAACAACAGGUCGUCAUUGACUGAAUUUAUAGUUUUGGUAUCGUUUGCAUUGGUCUUCACAAUCAUAUUUAGCGCUAGUAUUGUAUUACUUCGGCUCCAUAUGAGACGUAAAGAAAAGUCCGGACAUAUCGUCGUCUGUAUGAAGGUA